GCGAGUUAAAGGUCUUCAAAAAUCUUCAAAAAUGGUUGAGAAUCUACUGCAAAACCUCUGUUUGGAAUCAGUGUUGUCAUCUGAUGGCUUAGGCUUUUGAUUUUGAUUCGGUUGAGGUUUCAUUCGACUGAAAUGGUGGAGAUUUUGUCCAGUUCUUAUGAAUAUUAAUGAGUUAGGGUUUGGGAUUAUAGGGUUUUGCUGAUGCAGAGUAUCAGUGGAAUUCGUGUGGAUCUGAGGAGAUUUUAGCUGGAGAGACAUGAGAGUCAUGGAGCGAGAGAUCGCGACUUCGGUACUACUCUGGUUGGUCCUGGUGUUUCAUCCGUUGACGAAGAUCUGUGCUAAUGUGGAAGGUGAUGCUUUGCAUACCCUUCGGAUAAAUUUAGAAGAUCCUAAUAAUGUCCUGCAGAGUUGGGAUCCUACCCUUGUCAAUCCCUGCACAUGGUUUCAUGUUACAUGUAACAAUGAUAACAGCGUUAUUAGAGUUGAUCUAGGGAAUGCAGCAUUGUCUGGUCAACUUGUCCCACAACUUGGUCAGCUUAAAAAUCUGCAGUACUUGGAGCUUUAUAGUAAUAAUAUCAGUGGAAUUAUUCCUGGUGACCUUGGGAAUCUGACGAGUUUGGUGAGCUUGGAUCUUUAUUUGAACAAUUUCUCUGGUCCCAUUCCUGACAGCUUGGGGAAGUUGACAAAGCUGCGUUUCCUCCGGCUUAACAACAACAGCUUGACGGGUGAAAUUCCAAUGUCUUUGACUAAUGUCACUGCCUUGCAAGUUCUGGAUCUCUCUAACAACCAGCUAACAGGAGUUGUCCCAGACAAUGGCUCUUUUUCAUUAUUCACUCCAAUCAGUUUUGCAAACAAUUUGGGCUUGUGUGGCCCGGUUACUGGGCAUCCUUGCCCAGGAUCUCCUCCGUUUUCUCCACCCCCUCCAUUUAUCCCACCACCCUCGGCCCCAUCUCCAGGAGGAAAUACUGCCACUGGAGCAAUUGCUGGUGGCGUGGCUGCUGGUGCUGCUUUAUUGUUUGCUGCUCCUGCCAUUGGGUUUGCAUGGUGGCGUCGACGGAAACCACAAGAACAUUUCUUUGAUGUGCCUGCUGAAGAGGAUCCAGAAGUUCAUCUGGGUCAGCUGAAAAGGUUUUCUCUUCGAGAACUACAAGUUGCAACGGAUAGCUUUAGCAACAAAAACAUUCUCGGUAGAGGUGGAUUUGGUAAGGUGUACAAAGGACGCCUAGCAGAUGGUUCAUUGGUUGCUGUAAAACGAUUAAAAGAAGAGCGUACACCGGGUGGAGAACUGCAGUUUCAGACAGAGGUAGAGAUGAUCAGUAUGGCCGUUCAUCGGAAUCUGCUAAGGCUCCGAGGUUUUUGCAUGACACCAACUGAACGCUUGCUUGUUUAUCCCUAUAUGGCGAAUGGAAGUGUUGCAUCAUGUUUGAGAGAACGUCCACCUGGAGAACCACCUCUUGAUUGGCCUACACGCAAACGGAUUGCUUUGGGAUCAGCUAGAGGGCUUUCAUAUUUGCAUGAUCACUGUGACCCGAAGAUCAUUCACCGUGAUGUCAAAGCUGCAAAUAUUUUGUUGGAUGAAGAGUUUGAGGCUGUUGUUGGAGAUUUUGGGUUGGCUAAACUUAUGGACUACAAAGACACGCAUGUAACUACUGCUGUACGUGGCACAAUUGGACAUAUAGCCCCAGAAUACCUUUCCACUGGUAAAUCUUCAGAAAAGACCGAUGUUUUUGGGUACGGGAUCAUGCUUCUUGAACUUAUAACUGGACAGAGGGCCUUUGAUCUUGCUCGGCUUGCCAACGAUGAUGAUGUCAUGUUACUGGAUUGGGUUAAAGGACUCCUCAAGGAGAAGAAAUUGGAAAUGUUGGUCGAUCCUGAUCUUCAAAACAAUUAUGUCGAAGCAGAAGUAGAGCAGCUAAUCCAGGUCGCAUUGCUUUGUACACAAGGAUCACCAAUGGACCGGCCUAAGAUGUCAGAUGUUGUGAGAAUGCUCGAAGGUGAUGGGUUGGCAGAGAGGUGGGAAGAAUGGCAGAAGGUGGAGGUAGUCCGACAGGAGGUUGAGCUAGCCCCUCACCGGAAUUCUGAAUGGAUUGUUGAUUCUACAGACAACCUACAUGCUGUUGAAUUAUCUGGUCCAAGGUGACCUUUGUCAUUGCUUAAAAAGAAAAAAAAAAAAUGAAAAAGCAAUUAUUUACCCUCUUAUGUAUUUUUUUUUCUUCCCCUUUUAGUUUUUAUGUAAGCCCAUCUUUUGUAUCCAAAAGUGAAAAUUCCUCAUAUUUGUGCAUAUGAAUCUUUGGUGUGGGCUAUUUUUGUAUCAUCUGCUGCAGCCAUUUCUUAAUGAUGAUGAUGAUGAUCAUGUAAUGUUU